UCUCCGUUGUGGAGUGAAGUGAAAUGAAUGCCACCUCGCCAAAGUCGUCGCUGGUCAAGCUGGGCCUGCAUACCAAUAAACAAAAGACACUGAAGGUCAUGGUGCUCGGCCAGAGCGGAGUGGGAAAAACGGCCAUGGUGGUGCGUUUUAUCACCCGCCGUUUUAUUGGAGAAUAUGAUCCAAAUCUAGAGAAAAUCUAUACCUGCCAAACAACGUUGGACAAUGAGGCGAUACAGUUCGAUAUACUGGAUGCCACCGGACAGCUGCAUGAACUGGAUGGAGUUAGUCUGGAGUCGAACAUACGCUGGGCGGAUGCAUUUAUACUCGUUUACUCCAUCACAGACAAGUGCUCCUUUGACGAGUGCAGUCGACUGAAGUUCCUCAUCAACUACAACAAACGUCGACGCAAAUUGGGUUCCACCAGCAAGGAUUAUGCUUUGGAUAUACCCGUCAUACUGGUGGGCAACAAGACAGAUCAGACGGGAGAUCGAAUGGUCAGUUUGGAGGAGGGACAACGUCGGUUUCGUGAGCUCUCCUGCGCCUGCUUUCAUGAGAUAUCCGUUAGGGAGAGUGUUGAUCAGGUGCAGAACGUGUUUCGCGAUGUGUUCCGCUUCUGGCGUGUGUUCAGCAAAUUCCCCAAGCUCAAACGUUCCACCAGCGAUGUGGCAAAUGCCGCAGAUGGCAUCCUGACGCCUCCCGAUUCUGGUUCAUGUUCCUUCUACGACACAACGUCGCUGGCCGUGACGCGUCGCUCGUUCCUUCUCAUUGGCAGUGCCUGCCAGGAGGAAGGCAGCGUCCACGGCGAUCACACCGAGUCCACGGACGACAUCGCGAGCAGCAGUCUGGGCAGCUCACGAAGCGACAUCGAUGCUCCGUUCCGGAAUCGCGCCUCCACCGAUGGCACGCUGUUGUCGAGACCGAGACGUUGGCGCUAUCCGCCACCUGGUUGCCUCUUGCCGCACACGAAUCGAGUAGAGAGGCGCAUGAGCAUCUCGACGAGGGGCAGCAACGCCAGCUACUGACCACUAGAUGGCGCUAUUCCCAUAUUUAGUUAGUUCAAUUGUUCCGCCAAAUAUAUUUAUAGCUAAAUGUUGA